AUGGGCUUCUUUACAGUGAUGGAAAGCAGCUCCUACAACAAACCACAAACCCUUGAUGACAAAGUCUCCCCUAGCAUGUGCUUUGAAGUCCUGAUUAUCUGUUCAGCUCAGCUCAUGAUGGGGCAGUACAACUCUACAGACAACAUGAACAGCACAUCAAUGUCCCUUCACCUGGUCCUUGAUCUUGACUUAGAUUCAGUGUUUAGCAUAAGGAUCAAGUGCAUGAAAACUUUGCUGCACAAAACUAGCCACACCUUAUAUCCCACCUCCACACCAGGAACACAGACAGAAACUCCAGAGACAGAAAUGAACGUGACCUCAUCAUCCAACCAGUCCUCAGCUAACACCCAGAGCCAAGUCAACAGUCAAUGUGAACACAUUGAUAAAUCAGGCCACCUCUUCUUUGCACUGGCCUACAGUCUGGUGUUUGUGGUGGGUUUGGUCCUCAACAGCUUCACCCUGAAGGUUUACUUCUGCUCAGCUCAGCGGCAGGUGUCCAGCAUCAUGAUGGUCUACCUGAAGAACCUGGCAGCCUCUGACUUCCUGCUCUGCCUCUGCCUCCCCUUCUACAUAGCCAACUACGUCAGCAGCUCCUUCACCCUCCGCCUGGUCCACUGCACCUUUGUCUCCUGCGCCUUUUACCUCAACAUGUACGCCAGCAUCCUGUUCAUGGGUUACAUCGCUGCUGACAGGUAUUUUAAAAUCAUCCAUCCUUUAAGAACUCACAUCCUGCGGACAGUGAAGGCUGCCCGCAUCAUCUCCACGGUAACCUGGGUUUUCUUCUUGGCCCUUAUGACCUCCUACAUCACCCUCUGGUUCCUCACCAAGCCAGAAUUGACCUUUGUCCCUGACAAAUGUGACACCUUGGAAAGCCCCCAGGUCAUUGUAUUCUACAAAAUCAUCCACGUCGGCUCCGCCACCACAUUCCUGUUUGUCCUUGUCUGCAUGAUCUUCUUCUACUACAGCGCCUCCCGCAGUGUGUUGCAGGCACAGCAGAGGCGGCCGCAAUCCUCCAGCUGCAAGAAGCUCAUGAGGUCAAACAGGAAAAUGUUGGUGCUGGUCAGCGUCUUCUGUGUUUGUUUUGUGCCUUACCACCUCACUCUCAUUCCCUAUGCCUUACUGAGGAAGUAUUGCUCCUUACGCCUGGUGUUGCACUACCUGAUUGAAGGGACCAUCUUACUGUCAGUCUUCAAUGUCUGUCUGGAUCCGGUCAUCUACUUCUUCAGCUGUAAGGCCUUUCGGACCAAUCUGAACCUGGAGAGAGUGUUCACCAGGAACAAGCAAAUACCGCAAACAGAGACAAGAAGGAACGAGGGGCAGCUGAGCAUCAUCCACACCAACUGA